GAUGGCUCGACCAAACGGCAAGCAGUCAACAGGGGAAAAAAAUGGAUUUCUCAAAAAGGAAGCUCAAAGAGCUGCCUACAGCUGCUCUGGCGAGGAGUGAUGUUGUCUGGAGCCUGGACCUGCAGCACAACAGGUUGAAACACGUCAAGGGGAUCUCUGCACUUCGCCACCUGAGAGACCUCAACCUAUCUCGGAAUGAGCUCUCCAUCUUUCCCCGGGAGAUAGAAGAGCUCCGUGAACUGAGAAGGCUGUACCUCAACCAGAACAGUAUCAAGACUAUCCCAGAAGGCAUCUUUUCUCAGCUAAAGGAGCUGGAAUUCCUCAAGCUAAGCACCAACCACCUGUCAGAGAUUCCCUCGGAUCUUAAUCUCUGUAAAAAACUUGAGUAUGUGAACCUCUCCAACAACUGCUUGAAGGACCUAAGGGCUCUGGUGGGCCUGCCCAAACUGAAGGACCUCUAUGUGGAAAAAAAUUACCUGACCAAGCUUCCUGCCAGUCUCUUUUUGGACACAGGCCUGACUAUGUUCAAGGGCACUGAAAACCCCCUUCGGGAGCCCCCCGAAGAGGUAUGCGCAGGGGGGGUGAAGGACAUUCAACGGUACUUCAAAAUGCUGGGGAGCGACGGGCUCCACAUGCGCAGAGUCAAGACCAUGUUUCUGGGCUCUUCCAUGGCCGGCAAGUCCACGAUAUGCCGCAGCCUAAAGAAGAGAGAGCCCGUGGAGGUGGCCCUCGACGACCGCACCGUGGGCAUUGAGAUCAGCGAGGUGGAGAUGGGAGACGUCCGUUUCCUCUUCUGGGAUUUUGCCGGACAGGAGGAGUACUACCUCACUCACCACGUCUUCAUCACCCCUCAGGCCUUCGUCAUCCUCACCAUUGAUCUGGCCAGUUACAGUGUCAAAGAUCCACAGUCUUUCAACGAGAGUGUGAGCUUCUGGAUCAACAAUGUGCAGCUGAGGGUCCCUGACUCUGUGGUCCUGCUUGUGGGGACUCACUUGGACCAGUGCAGAGAUGAAGGGGAGGUGCGGGAGAAGAAGGAGCACAUUGAGAUGAGCAUCAGGGACAUGCUGGAGGAACGGAGGGAAAAUCUGGAACAGCGCAUAAAAAACAUCAAGGAGGAACAGAAGGAUCCUGCCAUGUUCUCUGAUCACCUGAGAGACCUUGAUCAGCUUACUGAGUACCACCUAAAGGUCAUUGGCCUCAUACCCAUUGACUGCACAAAACCUGAAGAAAUUACAAAGCUCCAAGACCAUAUUUUAUGUCAGGUGCAGAAGACAGAACUAUUCCCUAACAUAGAGAAGACACUGCCACGUAAAUUUCAAGAGGUAGAAUUAUCAAUCAAAGACCUUAAAAAAGAAGAGGCCACUCCUAAACAUGGGAUAUGGUCUUUUGACGAAAUUCUGGAUAAUCUAUGCACCAAGCUUGGUGAGCUGGAUCGUGAAGACCUAAAAUGCAUUCUGCGUUAUCUACAUCGGAUUGGGAUCAUUGUGUGGUAUGAAGAGAUAACCUCUUUGGUGGAUACUGUGUUCGUGGAGCCAUCUUUCCUCAUAACUCUAUUCAAAACCAUUGUGAGACAUGACUUGGUGAAACAACUGAAAGACAUCCCCAGAAACGAGCUGCAGCGGGAAAGGGCUCUUGACAUACAUAGAAGCAAAUGGAUCAAUGACUUACAAGCGAGAGCCACACUGCACAAUGUAGCCAUACGAGUCCUGCUGAGAAGGUCCCUGAGAGAGCACCAGCUGGAUGACGAGGACGUAGUGAAGGAGAUAGUUGGGACCAGGACAGAAGAUGGGAAAGUCCUCCAGCUUUUGCACCACUUCGAAAUUUGUCUUCCAACCAAGUUUAGCAGCCCCCUCAAUCCAGAAGCCCCCGAGUUCAGCCCUAAUAAAAUGUGGAAGCUCUCAGACCUCUCCAUACACGAUCCAAAAGAUGCCUGCUUGUUCCCAAGCUACCUUCAGGACAAUAAUACAGUCCUGAAGAUGUGGGGGGAAGAUAAGAAUGAUGAAGUUGAGGUUCGGGUCUAUUUCCUCCCAGAGAUCCCCCAUGGGCUCUUCCACAGGCUUAUCAUUAAGGCCUGUUCAUUUUACCCUGCUCACUGGGUGGGAAAAGAAUUGUGCCUCCUUAGUUCUGGCGAAAGACUGGUCCUGCUCAAAGAAAGGUGUGGGAAUAAAGAUGAGGAUCAAUUCAUUGUAAUUCGCUGCAGAAGACCUGACCCCCUCAAGCAAGACAUGGACAAAUGCUGGGACAUGGUCAGGACAGUUCUGUCGAAACUGAUGCAGCUGACUGAGCAGUGGCCUGGUCUCUGGCCGUACAUCUGCACUCCGUGUAGAGAAAGCGGAUGCUCUGCUUACUUCCAUUGGAAUUGCUGGAAGGAACCUUAUACGGGGGCAGAGGAGAAAGAACUCUGUGAUAAUGGGCAUAUACAUCGGCCUGAGAUGCUGUUUCCGAAAGCUCAGAGGGAUACAAAGUCCAAUGAGUCACUGAAUGUUGCCUUGGAGGAGACAUCUUAA